AUGAGCCUUCCUAACAACUUGAAAAGUUUUUAUGUACAAUGGUUGGAUGAAUUCAUUGAAAGGUUAACACCAAGACAAGAACAGCUUAAUUUGACAUACAACAAAGCCAAAAGAAACCUAGAAGAUACUGAUGACAUAUUUUAUUAUCCGCAGGACUUGAAAAAAGUAAAAGGUAUUGGAACUACUAUUGUCAAUAGAUUAGAAAAAAGACUGGAAGAAUAUUGCAAAGAAAUAAAUGUACCAGUUCCAGACAAAAGUGAACUAGUAGGUUCACCUCGAAAGAGAAAAGUAACUGCUUUGAGAAUAAAUACUGUGGAUCAGAAUGAUACAGUUCGUGAACUAAAUGAAAAUAUUACUCAGACUAAGAAAAGAAAGGUCAAAGAGUAUAUUCCGAAGAAAAGGUCAGGUGGUUAUGGGAUUAUGUUAGGCUUACUAGAGUUGAAGGCAUACCGUAGAAGUGUAACAAAGGAAGAUAUCAUUCAAGUAGGGCAAAAAUACAUUAGCGUUAGCAUGAUACCAAAUCAUUCAACAAAAGAAUUUUAUGGAGCAUGGUCAUCAAUCUCUUCUCUGAAAAAGCAUGAAUUGGUAUUGGAAGAAGGUAAGCCCAGAAGAUAUACACUGACUGAAAAGGGUGUGCAAUUAGCAAAAACAUUAAAAUUGGCGGACAAUCUUGUUUUUGAUACAGAUGAUGAGACAGAAAAUCCAAUAAAUGGUGAUUUUGAGGAUACGGAAGUUAGUGCUGAUUUGAGUAUGUUAUUAAAAUCAAAUAAAGUAGAAACAGCAGAGAAAAGGGAUUCAUCAUUUAUUGAAACCACAUUUCAAAAUAUUAACUUAUCUAAGAAUCCAAAUACUGGUGAUAAUGAUACCCUCAAUAAUACUUCAUUUGAUGCUGCUACAGACUCAGGACUCAGUGAAAGUCAGCGAAUUGUAAGAAGGCGAUUUGAAGGAAUAAGCUAUGAAAUUUGGAAGAGUAACACUUUUGAGAUUUACCCAAUAAUUGACUACAGAGAAAUAAAAUCUCAAAAUGAUCGUGAGUUUUUUUCCAAUGCUUUUGCAAGGAAAAAUAUGAAACAUGAAAUACGGCAGCUAUCAUUGGGUGAUAUUGUAUGGGUGGCCAAAAACAAAACAACAGGAACGUUAUGCAUAUUAAAUACCAUUAUUGAGAGAAAAAGACUUGAUGAUUUAGCGAUGAGUAUUCGUGACAAUAGAUUUAUAGAACAGAAGAACAGAUUAGAAAACUCCGGUUGCAAUUAUAAAUAUUAUUUAAUAGAAGAAAUAAUGAGUUCGUCGAUUUCAAAUAUGUCAGAAGCACUGAAGACAGCACUUUGGUCGAUACUUAUAUACUAUAGAUUCUCUAUAAUUCGAACAUCCAGCUCUGAACAAACUGUAGAUAAACUUCAUGCCUUGCAUACAGUGCUAAGGCGAGAAUAUUCCAAAAAAGACCUACUUGUCUUGUUUCCUAAAUCAUUAGAGAAUCAGCAAGAUUAUCGAACUUCUUUACAGAGAUUUAAACUUGAAUUUAGUCAAGGUACUAACAUCGAAUGUUGUCAUACUUUUGAAACGUUUCAAGAUAUAAUGGGCAAAAGAGACAUGAGAACGGUAGGCGAGUUAACUAUUCAAAUUUUGAUGUACGUUAAGGGAGUAUCUUUGGAAAAGGCAGUUGCCAUUCAAGCCUUAUAUCCGACCUUAAAUCAUUUACUAUGUGCUUAUAGAUCAUGCAAAUCAAACCUAGAAGCAAAGCAACUAUUAUAUAUGAAAUUAGGCAAUGCUCCAGGUAACAAAAGAAUUACAAAAGUAUUAUCUGCCAAAAUUGCAGAUGUAUUUACUGCAGACUAA